AUGAUAAACCUUUGCAGCUCAGACGAGGAGGAUGAGCCGGUGGAGCAAAUCGUGGCGUCGCGCUACUUCGGCGCGGACAUCGACGACAGCGACGACGCGCCGCACGCUGCCGCCGAUGCUGACAGCGACGCGACCGUGGACGACAGCGACGUCGAGGAGAUCACACCGCCCGCCGCUGCGGGCAGCAGCACGGCACCACCAACGGCGGCCUUCCCACCGCCCGCCGCUGCGGGCGGCAGCGCGGCGCCACCAACGUCGGCCUUCCCACCGCCCACAGCAGCCGGCAGCAGCGCGGCGCCAGCCGGCAGCAGCGCAGCGCCGCCAGCGUCGGGCUUCUUCUCCUCCCUCCUUGAGGAACACGGCGGCCUCGUGCGCACCCGCCGGCCGUUCGAGCCGAUGGCGCACCAGCUGGACGCGGCCGCCUUCUGCUCCUCGCGCCCGUCGGUGUACUCGCUGGUCCACGAGCCGGGCCUCGGCAAGACGUGCUCGACGAUGCUGGUCUACGCCGCGCUCGAGGCGCAGGCGCGGCGCGAGGGGCGCGCGUGCGGCCGGCUGCUCAUCUCGAGCCCGGCGGCGGUGCUGCAGCACUGGGCGCGCACGACCACCGAGUACCUGCGCGUGCGCUCGCGCGAGGUGCUCUGCACGUCCAAGGCGGGCGACGUGACGGCGGCCGCGCUGCGGAACGCAAAGGUGAUCAUCCUCACGCGCGACUGCGUGACAAACAUCUUCAAGCGGUGCCACGCCUGGGUCGAGGAGCACCACGAGGUUUCGAUGCCGAACGGCGGGCGGCGGUGGGCCGGCGGCCGGCGGUGGGUGGGCGGGUGGUCGCCGCGCGGCGCAAAGGCGCCUCUCUUCGCCUCUCUCGAGCAGGACGGCCUCGAGCUGCUCUCCAUCGACGAGGCCCCCCCCCUGCGCAUCCCGCGGCGAAUCAACGAUGCUACUCCUGCUUCACUCGUGAUGAAUGAGGCGUGGUGCGAGGCGCACCACCGCAUCGCGCGGACGGCGCGGCUCCGCGGCAUCUGCACCGGCACGCCGAUCUGCAACAGCCCGCGCGACGCGGCCGGCCAGAUGUACGCUGUCUGCGCUGGGAGCCCGCUCGACAGCGAGAAGGAGUGGCUGGAGAAGGGCGUCAAGGGCACAGUCAGCACGCGGACGGCGGCGCUUUACCGAGAGACGCAGCACCGCGUCACCGAGGAGGUGCUCAAGCUGCCGCCGAUGCACCGCGUCGUGCGCCACUUCCACAUCCGGCUGCGCCCGGCCGACGCGAGCGAGUACAUGUGCGAGUGGGAGGUCAUGAGGCGUCUCCGCGUGCAGAUGAACGCGGACGCGCGAGGGCGAGGCGCCCUCCUCCUCCUCCUCUCCUCGCGCCGCUCUGGUCGACGACUGCUCAUUGCUAACGAAUCAGCCCCUCAGGCGCGCUCCUCAUCGCGCUGCUCGCUAAGUUGCAGAAGCUCCGCCAGCUGAUCGUCAGCCCUCGGCUCUACGCGGAGGGCGCGAGCAACGCGCGCGGCGACGCGGCCAGCGCGAUUGCGGCCGGCGGCUCGGGCUUCCUCGACGCGCUCGCCAGUCUCGUGGCGGAGAUUGCGCCGCGCCACCCGCGCUUCGUCAUCGUGGCCGAGAGCGUGGGCAUCCUGCAGAUCUGCGUCGCGCUCGUGCGAGCCGCGGCCUUCCUCGGCUGCAAGUCGGGCGUGCUCGGGCUGUCGCUCAAGGCGGGUGGCGUCGGCCUCAACCUGGUUCCGGGCGUCACGGCGAUGGUGAUGCUCUCGCAGUCCUUCAGCCCCGCAGACACGCGCCAGGCCUUGGACGCGGCCCCACCGGCCCUCUCGAGCGAUCUCGGGUGA